AUGACUUCAUCACUGUGGAUUUUUACUUCUCUUCCAGGGUUUGGUCCAUUUGGAGAGCAUGCUGUUAACGCCAGUUGGAUUGCAGUUCAGGAGUUGGAGAAGCUGGGACUGCGAGACGAUGUGGAUCUGCACGUCUAUGAAGUCCCAGUUGAAUACCAGACAGUGCAAAGACUCAUUCCUGCAUUAUGGAAAAAGCACAGUCCACAAUUGGUGGUUCAUGUGGGUGUUUCGGGUAUGGCUACGACUGUAACUCUGGAGAAGUGUGGCCACAAUGUAGGUUAUAAAGGCUUAGACAACUGCCGUUUCUGCCCCGGCUCUCAGUGUUGCGUAGAAGGUGGCCCAGAAUGCAUCGAUUCCAUUAUUGACAUGGACACGGUUUGCAAGAGAGUCUCAGCACUGGGGCUGGAUGUCACGGUCACUAUAUCUAAGGAUGCCGGCAGAUACCUCUGUGACUUCACUUACUACACUUCCUUAUACCAGAGCCGCGGGAGGUCGGCUUUUGUUCAUGUGCCUCCGCUGGGAAAACCGUAUACCGCAGAACAGCUGGGUCGGGCACUACAGGCUAUAAUAGAAGAAAUGCUGGAUGUUUUGGAGCAUUCUGAAGACAAAAUCAAUUGUCAGCAUGAACACUGAAAGUGAGCAGAAGCUAUCCUAGUAUUGCACUUCCAAAAUUUUCCCCUGCUCCUGAAGUACUGGGAAAAAGUGUCUGAAACGUACAGACCAGGAAUUGGAGACUUCAAAAAGAAAAAAUCCACUUCUAGAAAUUGACAUUUUUUUUU